UUGCCCCACAAACAUAAGCGACAAUAUAUAAUAUAGUGAAACAGAAACAAGUCAAGUGUAAAUAAAAAGUCUAGCAAAAAGUAGAUAAAUAUGGAUAUGUAUUGCUGGGGCAAUAAUUCGAUUGAUUUCGGGCAAGAAAUGAACUGUGCGAUUAAAGAUGAAAUCUUCGAUGGUAUGACCCAUGUACCAGAUGCACCAUGGAAAGGCGUUGAACAAUUGCGAGACAUUGCAUUUGGAGAUCGAUACACUUUGUUUCUCACCGCCAAAGGAAAGGUAUACGAGUGCGAAACUCACGGACAGGUGCAUAAUACGCGUAAAAGGUCACGUUUGUCCCCAUUUCGGUUAGUUGCAGGACUUCAGGAUAUUGAAGUUUCGGCCAUAGCUUGCGGUAGCAGCCAUUCACUGGUUUUGACAAAAUCAGGCGUUGUCAUGAGUUGGGGUGUCAAUGACUGCGGUCAAUUGGGACAGACUACGAACAGCCGUGUGCCCACCAUGGUAAAAGUCCCUGACAAAAAGCCGCUUUUUGUGCAGAUUGCCUGUGGUAAUGAACAUAGUCUGGCUCUUACGAAUGAUGGUACGAUUUAUUCUUGGGGCUCCAAUCGUUAUGGCCAAUUGGGGAUGAGCGAGCCGGAAAACAUGAGCAACUGUCAUUUUCCGAUGCAUUUGACUUCGAUUCAUGGCAUUCCCAUAGCUACGAUUGCAUGUGGCGGCAACCAUUGCUUCCUGAUCUCCAAGUCGAGUGCUGUGUAUGGCUGGGGACGCAAUAAUCGCGGUCAACUGGGACUCAAUGAUCUAUCUGAUCGUCCCUAUCCUACUGAAUUGACAACACUACGUCCAUGCGGUGUCCGAUAUGUGGCUUGCGGUGAUGAGUUUUCUGUCUUUUUGACCCAUAAAGGUGCUCUAUUCACUUGUGGCGAUGGUACCCAUGGUCAGCUUGGGCACGGCAAUCUGUCGAAUGCCUUGGCACCGUUCAAGGUAAUGAAGCUAAGGGAUAAACCGGUCACACAAGUUGCUUGUGCCAAACAUUAUACUUUGGCUUUUGUGCCAUCCAUCGGUCAACUUUAUGGAUUCGGUCAGUUGGGUAAAAUUUAUACUUUACCCGGGAAAAUCAAUGGUCCCUGGAUAUCGCCCACAUUGACAGCUAAUUCAGCAUUCAACGAUGCUGUAAUUGUAAAUCAAAUAUUUUCCGGAGGCCUUAAGUCUGUAGUUACCACCACGUUGCUUGUGGAUAAUGUUCCACCUUUCGAUAUGCGCCAUCCAUUAAACCAAGAGUCUCAGAUUUUCACAUUGAGCGAACAGAUGGAUAAUAGCGUCCUAGUAGACGAGGAACCGGUUUUUGUGUGGUGCAUGCAUUGUUCUUGUCUGAAUGGUUCUUUUCUAUUGGCCAAUGAUCAACAUUUGAAUUGUUCUAUCGAAAACUUUGGAGUAGAUAUAAGGGCUGCUCAGAAGGCUUUUAGAAACAUACGAGAUGUGGUCAGCCCUUUACACAAGGAGAUGAUCUGGAUUGUUUUUACUCUACAGCUGAUUCCUUCACUGAAAUGCACGCCGGCGGAUGUGGAAAGCCUACGGGUAUAUUUGAUUCUGCCGCUGUAUCAUGAAUUUGCCAAUUCGAAGCUUUAUAGUCGUCUUCAUGCUCCGUUCGCCCAAGCCAUUUUCAGAUUGAGCGACGAACAUAGGAAUAUCGUAAUGAAAUGGUUUAGUCAAAUGCCGAUGGAUUAUUUUAAAGACAUGGUUGAAAAUUUCCUACUAGCAGCCGUUUAUAUAAUGAGAUCGUUAAUACCGAGAGCUGCUCAAUUGGGAUCGCAGCUGUUGCCACAUAAUUGCGAAUUGCAUGAAAUCUUAAAAUUGGUUGAGUAUUUUUAUAUUAUUAAUAUCGAACGAGAAAGUGACCGUUUGACCAAUGAGUUUUUCUAUUUGAAUGAACUUACAAAAUUUAUCGAUAUAAAACUUGAAUAUUAUGAAUAUAUGCUGGCAAAUCAAGAUAAGAAUCAUAUAUGUCAUUUUGAAUUCAUAUUCGAUGCAACGGCCAAGUGCGCAAUGCUUAAAGCUGAUCAAUCUUGGCAAAUUGAUAAUUUUAGUCAUGUAUUGCAUGACCAUCAACUAAAUUUAUAUAUCAGCCGGGAACAUAUCGUCAAAGAUUCGCUAAAUGAACUGCAAAAAUUAUCCAAUGUUCGACCCGAAGAUCUAAAAAAGCCGCUAAUUAUCAAAUUUAUCGGCGAGGAUGCUGAGGAUGUCGGCGGAGUACGUCAAGAGUUCUUUAACCUAUUGCUAAAGAAAAUAUUUGAUCCCGACUAUGGCAUGUUCAAGGUAUUAGAAGAGUCACGACUGCUAUGGUUUGCCGAUUCGACUUUUGAGAAUAAAAAUCAAUUCUAUUUGCUUGGCUUGGCCUUUGGUCUCGCCGUUUAUAACUUAACCGUCAUCAAUUUGCCAUUACCAUUGGCAUUAUAUAAGAAGCUCCUUGGCAAAAAGGUUGACCUGAGUGAUUUACAUGAGUUAUUGCCAUCGGAGGCCAAGUCACUGAAAGCUAUACUCGACUAUACAGGAGACGAUUUUAAGGAAACCUUCGAUCUAACAUUCGAAUUAUCUAAAGAUGUGUUCGGACAGUCGAUAACGAAACCUUUAAUACCAAAUGGCCAUGAGAUUGCAGUCACUUUAGAAAAUAGACAAGAGUUUGUCAAUCUCUAUGUGCAUUUUGUGUUAAACCAAAGCAUAGAAAUGCAAUGUGCAGCAUUUCUAGACGGUUUUCUGAAAGUUUGUUUUGGUUGUGCCUUGUUCAUGUUUCAACCCGAAGAGCUAAUGGCUGCAAUAUUGGGAACCGAUGACUACGAUUGGCAAGUUUUGCAGGAUAAUUGUACAUACACCGGAGAUUAUACACCUGAAGAUGAAACGAUCAAUUGGUUUUGGAGCGUUUUUCACGAUCUGUCGGAGGAAGAGAAAAGAAAGUUUCUACUCUUUUUAACUAGUAGCGAUCGUCUUCCUAUUCAAGGCAUGCAGGCCUUAAAGAUUAAAAUUCAACCUACCUACGAUGAUCGUUAUCUACCCGUGGCUCACACAUGUUUCAAAGUCUUGGAUUUGCCUCGCUACAAAAGUAAAACGAUACUGAAAGAAAAACUGCUACUGUCCCUACAAUAUAGUCAUGGAUUUGGUCUCGUUUAAUAUUCUUCGUUCUUUUUUCAUCAUUUUCACUUGUAAUUCAGUUUGUCGAUUAAUCAUAAACUGCUUUCGUUUUACUUGUUUAUUGUCAUAAA